AUGAGCUCCCAAAUCUGCAGAUCUGCUUCGAAAGCAGCGAGGUCUCUUCUUUCUUCAGCUAAGAAUGCUCGUUUCUUCUCCGAAGGACGAGCCAUUGGUGCAGCAGCAGCAGUUUCUGCAUCUGGAAAGAUCCCUCUCUAUGCAUCUAACUUUGCAAGAUCUUCAGGCUCUGGUGCCGCCUCAAAGAAUUGGCUCACCGGACUCGUAGCUCUACCUGCUGCAGCCUUGAUGCUUCAAGAUCAAGAGGUUCUUGCUGCUGAGAUGGAACGUACAUUCAUUGCUAUCAAGCCUGAUGGAGUUCAAAGAGGACUGAUUUCAGAGAUCGUUUCUCGAUUCGAACGUAAAGGCUUCAAGCUUGUUGGCAUCAAAGUCGUUGUUCCUUCAAAGGAUUUCGCUCAGAAGCAUUACCAUGAUCUUAAGGAAAGACCUUUCUUCAAUGGCUUGUGUGACUUCCUUAGCUCUGGUCCUGUUAUCGCCAUGGUGUGGGAAGGAGAAGGAGUGAUCAGAUACGGACGUAAACUGAUUGGAGCCACCGAUCCUCAAAAAUCUGAGCCUGGAACUAUCCGUGGAGAUCUUGCAGUUGUUGUUGGGAGGAACAUAAUCCAUGGAAGUGAUGGACCAGAGACGGCAAAAGAUGAGAUCAAUCUUUGGUUCAAGCCUCAAGAACUUGUUUCUUACACCAAUAACGCUGAGAAGUGGAUCUAUGGUGACAACUAG